AUGGCGCCAGAUAGCCAGAACAUUGAUAAUGAUGAAAACGCUCCGCCGGACCAGAUCCCUCUCCAAGACCUCUCGAAACCAGGAGAUGCUCCUAACGAGCGUGGGAGAAGCCGCGCGGGGACCGGUCUCUUCUCGCGACAAUCAUUGAUCGGGAGGGGAUCGCGGAGGAACUAUGAGAGUAUUGCGAAAGAGUCUCCUAUUGAUUCGGCUGGACCGAGCAGAAACACAUUUCAACCGUCACAAACGAGCUAUACAGAGAUUGGUUCGCCGCUUGAUGACCUGGGUGGGUUUGCGCAAGCGAUAUCAUCGGUUGGCCUCAGUUUCAAUGGGCCACAAUCAAGGACAUCGUCCUCGGAUCCAUCGGCAAGCCGUACAAGCCGUGGAUUCAAUGAUGCGGCUUCCGACCUUGACGUCGUACCUCUUGACUCUUAUGAUCCCCACGACCCCCACGGCUACAACCUCCCAGCCGACGAUGAUGAUAGGGUGCGGUUGACCGAUCCUCGAUAUCUACAACCAAUGAGCGGCGCUGCUAGUUCAGGAGAGCGACAUAGUACGGAAACCGAUCACUCUGUGCACUUUGGUGGUUCAAGACUGGGCGAUGAUCUUCCUCACCUGGAGGAUGGGAUGGGAAGUCGUCGUGGUAGCAGUGUCCGGGAUCGAUCGCGUUCUUUGUCUCCCUCGGCGUCCAGUGGGGCUUUGCAACGCGCAGGCUCAAUGGUCAAAUCCAUGUCGCAGCGCGUGGUUAACUUGAGUAACGAACCGGAAGUCGUACAGCAAUCGAUUGAGAGGGAAGAGCUUGAUAAAAAUGCACGGAUGGAUGGGCCACCGGCCUUGCCCGCAAUGGUAGACUAUGCGCAUCUCUCCAGCCAAGAAGCUCAACCAGCUAGAGAGAAGCGUGCCUCUGGUAGAUCAUGGAAGGACCGGAAUAAUCCAUUCCGAGGCAGGUCACUUGGAAUCAUGGGACCGAAUCACCCUAUCCGACUCUGGCUGUGUGACAUCCUAGUGAAUUCCUUUAUGGAGCCCUUUAUCUUGAUUGUUAUCAUCAUUCAGACCAUCUUGUUGACUGUUGAAGAUGCGCUCCCUAAUGACCGGGACUCAGUGACAUGGGGAAGCAGCAAGUUUGAUUGGGUUUUCUUAGCCAUUUUCACCAUUUAUACACUUGAAAUAGGCGCUAAGAUUUUGGUGUCUGGGCUUAUUCUCAACCCUGUCGAGUAUAGCACACUUAAUCGCAGCCUCGGUAUCAGGAAAGCAAUCGCGGAGAAGGGCAGGAACCUCAUCACACCGCAUCGGCAGACGACGACCAAGAAAGCAUCGAUGCUUCAGGCUGAACCCCAAGCUUCAAUUCUGCGAACAUUCACAGGGAUGAACGGAUUGGACCCCGAAGUCUAUGAUGAUCCUCUACACAAACGUCGCAUUAGGCUUGCCCAUCGCGCGUUCCUUCGACACUCUUUUAACCGACUUGAUUUUGUAGCCGUGGUUGCUUUUUGGGUAUCCUUUUUCCUUUCAGUUUCAGGCGCUGAGAACACACACAAACUGUACAUCUUUCGCAUGUUAAGCUGCCUCCGAAUUUUACGUCUCCUUGCUAUGACCAAUGGCACUUCGGUAAUUCUUCGAAGUCUUAAGCGAGCAGCUCCCCUGCUCGUCCAUGUCGCAUUUCUCAUCGGUUUCUUCUGGCUUCUUUUCGCUAUCAUUGGCAUCCAGAGUUUCAAAUCCAGUUUUAAGAGAACCUGUGUUUGGAUUGAUCCUGCAGGGCAGAGCAAUUACACAUUGAAUGAUGCAUGGGAUACGCUGCAGUUUUGUGGCGGAUACCUUGACGAGCAGACGGGAGAAGAAAUGCAAUGGCUUGACCGCAAUGGUAUUGGCGCAGGGUUCAGACCCAAAGGGUAUCUUUGUCCUCGAGGUUCGGUAUGCAUUGAAGGUGUUAAUCCUUACAACGGAACUAUGAGCUUUGACAACAUCCUGCACUCCCUGGAGUUGGUCUUUGUGAUCAUGAGCUCCAAUACAUUUACCGACCUGCUCUACUACACAACCGACUCGGACUACCUCGCAGCGGCUCUGUUCUUUGCUUGUGGGUUUGUCAUUUUGAGUUUGUGGUUGGUGAACUUGCUGGUCGCAGUGAUUACACACUCAUUUCAAGUGAUCCGAGAAGAGAGCAAGCGCAGCGCUUUUGCCGUCCAAAAACUUGAUGCUGUCGACGAUGAUAACGCAAUGUCUCGCAAAGUCAGCCCCCUAAAGCGUAUUUAUGAUCAAACUGAGUGGGUUUGGGUCUGCCUCAUCACCUUUGGCCUUAUCGCACAGGCUCUCAGGAGCUCAUCUAUGUCUGCCCAUCGAACCCGGUUUAUUGAUACUACCGAGACUGUUAUUACUAUCAUUCUCCUGGUUGAGAUUAUCUUGCGAUUCGCCUCAGAUUGGCGCAUGUUUCAUCGAAAGCGCCGUAACUUGGUAGAUCUUUCGCUUGUAAUCAUUACCUGCAUCAUCCAGCUACCGCCUAUCAGGAACUCAGGUCGUCCAUACACAGUUCUCACCAUGUUCCAGAUCCUUCGGGUCUACCGAGUGGUACUGGCUUUCUCUGUGACCAGAAAGCUGAUUAUGAUUGUAUUCCGCAAUGCUGUUGGCCUGCUCAACUUGAUAUUUUUCCUUUUCUUGAUGACCUUUUUAUCUGCAAUUUUCGCAACACAGCUUUUUCGAAGCCAGAUCCCAGAUAAAGAUCCAGGUGGUGCGCCGAUCAUGAUCACAUUUUCGAAUAUCUACAACUCAUUCCUUGGAAUGUAUCAGAUUCUGUCCAGUGAGAAUUGGACCACGAUUCUUUACAAUGCUACCGCAUAUACGACCGACUUCAACACAGCCUGGAUUUCGGCAGCAUUUAUUAUACUUUGGUUUAUUGUGUCCAAUUUCAUUAUCCUAAACAUGUUCAUUGCUGUCAUUCAGGAAAGCUUUGAUGUUUCAGAAGACGAAAAACGAAUGCACCAGGUCAGGGCGUUUUUGGAACAGAAACAAGUCCAUGGAGCACCCCAAGGAAACCUAGCACUUUCGAAAAUCCUUCGCAUGGGCCGAGAUUCAGCCCGUUACAAAGAUCCACUCGACCAUGGCCCUGCAGCGUUGGAGAUGUUGUUGAAAGAUGCUGUAGUUCAAGAGUUCCUUGACGAUGAGGAAAGCAGGCAACAAGAACGAGAAAGACCGAAGGGCCCCCGAAGGGUGAGCACAAUGCCAGAAAGUGCCACUCAAGAGACCAUUCAACCAGGCUGGAUCUCACUCCUAUGGACGAAAGCCACGACACUCGUUAUGCGAAGAGAACCAAAUCCUUUCUACUCUAAGCUGAAGUUUUCACGUGCUUACGAGGAAUUGGAUCCGAGAACCAUGGCAAGAGAAGUUGUUACUGCGGCAGAACAGAGAAAACGAGACCAGCGGGACUAUCUCGUGAAACACCCUACCUAUAACAAAUCAUUGUUUCUUUUCUUGCCGGAUAAUUUCAUCCGGAAAUGCUGUCAGCGAAUUGUCGGCCCAGGACGCGGCCACCAGCGAGUUGAGGGUGUGGAUCCAUACAAGCCAGUGUGGUAUGCCUUCUCUGCUUUCAUUUAUACAGCUAUUGUCGCCAUGGUGCUUCUUGCCUGCAUUACAACACCCUUGUAUCAGCGGGAAAAUUUCCGUACUGACCGCAAUUGGUUCGUCUAUACCGACUUGGGAUUUGCCGCUGUGUUUACCAUUGAAGCGAUGAUCAAAGUGAUCGCCGAUGGCUUCUUCUGGACGCCGAACGCAUUUUUCCGUAGUUCCUGGGGAUUCAUUGACGGAAUCGUGCUGAUCACGCUGUGGGUCAGUGUCGGCGGUUCGCUCAAACAAGACUGGAGUGUUUCUAGGGCCAUUGGCGCAUUUAAAGCGCUAAGGGCUUUGCGUCUUUUGAAUGUCAGUGACAGCGCCAAAGACACUUUCCAUUCUGUCAUCAUUGUCGGGGGAUGGAAGGUCAUUGCUGCCGCUGCGGUUUCUAUGAGUUUCCUCAUACCGUUCGCAAUCUAUGGAGUCAAUCUGUUCAACGGACAGAUGUCCAGUUGCAAUGACGGUGAUUUUUCUGGGAACCUAACCAAUUGCGUUAAUGAAUAUUCCAGCUCGCCAUACAAUUGGGAGGUACUCGCUCCACGAGUGGCUGGGAACUCUUUUUAUGACUUCGAUAAUUUUGGUAAUGCCCUCUUCAUUUUGUUCCAAAUUGUCUCCCAAGAAGGCUGGACCGAUGUACAAGAAGCAGCAAUGGGCAUCACUGGAAAGAUGACCCAACCAGAAGAUCUAAGGGCGCCAGAGAACGGGUUAUUCUUCGUGGUGUUCAACUUGCUUGGAGCCGUGUUUGUUCUGACACUGUUUGUGUCUGUGUUUAUGCGCAACUACACAGAACAAACUGGUGUUGCCUUUUUGACCGCUGAGCAACGUUCCUGGUUAGAGUUGCGAAAACUUCUCCGACAGAUAUCGCCCUCUAAGCGAUCCUUUGAUGACGAGAGCAAGAAGUUGCGGCUAUGGUGUUAUCGAAUUUCAGUUAAGAAACAUGGCCGGUGGGCGUGGUUCGUGACUUGCGUCCUUGUAGUUCACCUACUGUUACUUGUGCUGGAAUACUAUCCUGAGCCUGACUGGUGGGAGGUGGUUCGAUCUAUUAUAUUCUUGGCAUUCAUGGUUGUCUACGUUGCGAAUGUCUUGAUUCGAUUGAUUGGCCUUGGAUGGCAUCGAUUUAGUCGAAGUUCAUGGGAUUUGUUCUCUCUCAUUGCCGUCCCCGGCGCUUUCGUCACCUCCAUACUUGACCUUUCAUACAGUGCAAGUCAUGUUGUGGUGGAGUUAAACAAACUUUUCCUUGUGUCUGUUGCUCUGCUGCUUAUUCCAAGGAACAACCAGCUUGAUCAGCUCUUUAAGACAGCGGCAGCCAGUCUGUCUGUUAUUGGAAAUCUUCUAGCUACCUGGUUCGUUCUGUUCUUGGUGUUUGGCAUUGCGAUGAACCAGGCGUUUGGCCUUACCAAGUUCGGCGACAAUGAGGAUCACAACCAGAAUUUCCGCGAUGUGCCUAAAUCGCUGAUCUUGUUGUUCCGGGCAAGUUGCGGAGAAGGGUGGAAUCAAUACAUGGAGGACUUCGCUACUAUGACACCGCCCUUGUGCACGCAUAACUCUAACUUCCUCGACGAUGACUGUGGAAGCGCGCCGUGGGCCCGAACUCUCUUCAUUGCAUGGAACUUGAUCAGCAUGUACAUCUUCGUUUCACUGUUUGUUUCAUUGAUUUUCGAAAGUUUCUCCUAUGUCUAUCAACGGAGUAGCGGGCUGUAUGCGAUCAGUCGCGAAGAGAUCCGCCGGUUCAAACAGGCUUGGGCCACGUAUGAUCCAGAUGGGACGGGAUUUAUAUCCACGGAGCAGUUCCCUCGCCUACUUGGUGAGCUCUCCGGUGUCUUUGCAAUGCGAAUAUACGAGGGAGAAUUCAUGGUUGGAAGUAUCUUGGAGAAAUGCCGAGUCGACCCUCAGAGGAACUCGCUGAGUUCUUACGCAAGAAAUUCGACAGUCUCACUGGCUGAGCCACGACACUCAACAUGGCGAAACUCUCGUGUCUCGUCUGGUGUGGACCUCGACGAGCUCUCUCGAAUCAUAUCGAAGAUUCCAGUCCAAAGUAUCCGAGAGCGGCGCAAACGGUUAAAUACCUUUUAUGAAGAAAUCCUUGUGUCAGCAGACCCCGAUCGCGGCAUUUCCUUCCACCAGUGCCUGAUGAUCCUCGCACAUCACAAUGUGAUUAGUGACAGCAAGAGUCUGCGCCUUGAAGAAUUCCUACGUCGUCGAGCACGGCUGCAGCGGGUGGAAGAGGCUGUCCGUCGACACACCGUUGUCGGUUUCUUUGAUACUUUAUACUGGUCACGAGAAUUCCGUCGCAAGGUUGACCGUAAAAAGAGCGGCCGGAUGAGCGUGGUCCCGACAUUCACUGUGCCAGAGAUCUAUGUCGACGACCCAGUCGAUGAUUCCGAGGAGCACGACGAGCCAGGUUCUGGCGCGAUCACACCCCAGACACAACCAGACUUGGACGGAAACUUCCCUCCUAUGCUCUCUCCGGUCUCGCAUCACAGACGGGCUGAGUCCAGUCCAAUUGGCCACCGCAAUGCUCUACCUCGCAUCAAUACAAAUCUGAGUGGAUCGGUAUCUAGCUCUAACACACCUACGAGGGAGUGGUCGAGUAUCAGUCCCUCAAUCACACCACGUCACAUGUAUGGGGAAGGUACUUCGCUAGAUACUAUCGAAACACACGAGGCACCUUCCGGUAUCGAUACUUCACGUCAGAGCAAUGGUAUGAAUGUACAAGAUGUCAUGAACUCGCUAGACAACUCCGCCUGGGGUGAGAGUAUCCGGCGAAGCUUCACGCAACGGCGAUCGGGCGAUCGCAGUUCUGAAUAA